AAAUAUAUUUUUACUUUGAAAGUUUUGAAAUAUUUUCAAACGCCACGGAAAUUCCAUUGAGUUAUUAUUAUUGAGACCUACCAACAAUACUACAAUUUAUCCAACAAUGUCUGUACAACUGGACCCAAGAGAAGUCCUAGCUCACCUAAACAGUAUGGGCUAUCGGAAUAUUUCCGCUGAGAUUCUCAAAGAAUUCAUGAAAAAUCUAAAACGACUGAUCACAUACGAGACUAGGUACUCUCUUCAAUCACCGCAUAACAACAACGUCAAUCCGGCAGCGCAUCUCAACAAAAAGGACAUCCAAAAUCAUUUCGAAAAGUUGUACAGAACAACAACCGAGGCUACAAAAGCGAGAAUCAGUGCGAGAUUGAAACGGACCGACAGAGAAAAUGACAAUCCAUAUGAUCCAUACAAGUUUGACCGAAUACGUGUGGAUGAAGACGCUGCUCGAGAGAUUCCGAAGAGACAAUGCAAUACAGCAGUAAAUCAACAGAACCGACACAGUCACAACGUAAUUCCGCCGAAAAUUAGCGAAAAUGUGGUAAAACGGUCUCAGACAGCACGACCAGCUUCUACGACACCAUCAUACUACAUUCGUAACACUCCGACCGAUCUCUAUCAAAAUUACCAAAGAGAAUGGAGUCGAUUCAAGCAUCUGCUUCCUGGCGAACAUCCACGCUUCACUGAGCGUCAGGUCAUUCGGAAGAGAAUGGAAACGAUACAGAAAUCGCAAACGAAACCGAAAGUAUUUGUUCUGAUGAAUGAUGACAACACAAAAGUUAUUCGUCGCACGGCAUCCGAGUAUCCAUGAUCGUGGAAAUGAGACUGAAUUUCGAUUACAAUUUCUAAGAUUUUUUUUAUUUUAAUUAAAUGGAUGACACCACGGUUACAUUGUAUGUCA